AUGAAUCAAAUGAACAUGCACGUGCCAAUGAACCCCGUGGGGGCGAAUCCUAACGUAGGGAUGCAAGGAAUGCCGGUGUCUGUUUCGAUCAUGCCCGUCGCUUCGCCCCAGCAGAUGCAACCAGUAAUGGCUCCUCAACCUCCUCAGCAGGAUAAAAUGGACAAUAUAUCCAAAGUAAAAACAUUAAUGGGAUCUCUUCGUGAAUCCCUACCGAUGACAUUAAAAUCAGCGGCACAAAUAUUGCAUCUUAAUUAUAACAUAGACUCCAAUACUCAAAAAGGCAUUGAUAAUCCUGUACCGAGAUUUGACAAGAAUUUGGAGGAAUUUUUUUCACUAUGUGAUCAAAUGGAGUUACAUUUAAGAACAGCGAUUACCUGUAUCCAACAAGCACAGUCUGCAGCUCAUUACUUACCUUUGACCGUCAUACCUUCAAGAUUGGACUCCGGACCCACGACACAGGAAACAACUCUCAGCUAUCCUCAAUACCUCAACACCGUUCGUCUUCAGAUAUCUUACGCGAAGGACAUCCACGACACACUAGUCGCCGCCGCACAGAACAUAUCCCCCACAGAAUAA